UUUAGCUCGGCGUAUUCAAACGCUACAAGAUAUGCUCUAACAGAACUACUUACUUUCUUCUACACUUCAUGGACGGAUCCUACAAAUUUACUUAUAAUACGUAACACUCUUAUAGCAAUGUCUAACGAUCCAAUGUUUCAUGUUCCGGCCUUCCAAGUUGCACAAGCUCACGCCAGUCUUCAACGAGGAAGUACGUACUUAUACGAGUUUUCCGUACAUUCCAACAAACAUGCACUCGCGGUACCCCCUUGGCUUAAAGGUUCUUAUCAUGCCGAUGAAAUACCUUAUGUGUUUGGAUUUCCAAUUCGGUCAAACGCAUCAAUAUUUGGCCACAUGCUUUCAAAUUUCACCGAAGAAGAAAAACAAAUUUCGAGGACAACGAUGACGUUUUGGUCAAAUUUUGCAAAAACUGGAAAUCCCAACGUUCCAGGAAAAACCUCGCUUUUCUGGCCAGCGUUCAAUAUGACGUCGCAGUAUUACUUUCAAAUAUCCAAUCAAAUGACGAAUGCAUCAGUAAAGGACAUGGCGCAGUUUCACCCCAGACGAAUGGCGUUUUGGUCACAUCUGAUCCCACAUAUGAUAAAUUUACUGCAAAGUACCAUUCAGGAAACAGAGGAGAUAUCACACACUCGAAAUGAAACAGUUCAUUUUGAUUUAAUGCUAAUUCCAUCAAAUGGGACUUUUCAUAUCUAUAAAUAGAUUCUCUUCCGGUUA